GUUUACAAAUGGCGUAUUAACUAAAUUUAAAAAUCUAUAGAAAACAUAUUUUUGUCAAAGUCUGUUCAAAUAGCUGGCUUUUGUCGUAUUUGCAUGUUUUGUCAAUCCAAUAGAUGGAACAUAUUUCUGCUGAUAGUUAUUGCCUUUGGUAACCUUGAGCACAAAAUUAUGGAAACAUCUUUUUUAUUCCAAAAUCCAAAUACUAAACUAAAUUCAUAGAAUUAGAAAAUAAGUUGAUAAAUAAGAAUAUUAUAAUAUUAUGCUAUUAAUUGACUCUUUUUUUAUAUUCCUUUUCACAACAACAGACAGCUAUUUGAACAAAAUUAUUGGACUUCGCAAAUGAAAUUUGUAUUAAAAAAUGUAACUCUUUAUAAAUAUUCGCGGCAUUUAUUGACAAUAAAUUUGACAAAGUAUAGCCUCUUUAAAAAUGAGUAAUGAUUAACUAGGACUAGGACACUUUAGAAAAGAUGAUAUGCAGAGUUCCUAUGUGUUUAAUUAGAUAUUCCUUGAUUACAGAAAGCAUGCCAAUCGGAUAGUUUUUAAAUUAAUUUUUUUUAAUAACAUUUAUUUAUUUUUAUACAUAAAAAAUACAUUUUAAGUACUAGAAGUAUUUGCAAACAUGAAAUAUUAUUAUUUAUUAAUUUUUAUUUCAAAAUUAGAGGUACCCUGUACUUAUUGUCUAUAUUGAUUUAAUAAAUGUCGAAGUGGGAAAGCCUUGGAAUAAAGCUGUUCUGACACACAAACAAUUUGCACAUUUAGAUAUAAUAAAAUGCAUUCAACUAUGAAAACUAUAGCCUUGGCCACCUCAAUUUUGUGACAGGUUAUUUUUAGUAUUUAUAAUAAUAUCUCAUUCUCACUCUUCAAGAUGCUAUUUGUCAGCAAAAUAGUAAACUAUCAAUUACAUAAAUUAAAAUAAGCUAGCUGUGAUGGUUAGAACAUAUCGACUGUGUUAACUGGUGUGUUAUUACUAGUUUAGUUAUGUAUACCCAAAACAAACAGAUGAUUGUCAUCAGAUAGGCUGGGAUUACUGUACAUUACACAGUUACAAUAAUUAUAAGAGUAAGAUUUUUGGUUGGGUAUUAAUUUUUAAUAAAUAAGUUAAUUUUCAAUUACGGUAUUAUCAUCAUUAUUUUGCAGGUAGAUUUUUUCAGUUGAAACCAAAAAUAAACUUUUCUAUGAAAAUCUCAAAAUAAUUAAUGGCUCUUGCAAGCACAUCAGCUUAUAUAGUGCCAAAAACAAGAUGUGAUAAUUUUUGUCAGCAUCCAUCUUGUUGGGGCUACUAUUCAAAAGGAUGUCAAAAAAGUACCUCAUCGUUAAAACAACAUCAUUCAAAAUCAUUCUCUGAGGAUUCAGAUGACGAAUUUAGUAAGUGUAUUUUACUGAUGAGCAUUUUUGUACAAAAAGAAAAUUGUUUAAGAUGUGUUAUGUUGAGGAACAGUUUACAAAUUAAUUUUGACAAACAUAUUUUGCAAUUUUGUACAGUAUCUAUUAACAAAAUAUUGAAUAAACUUUUGGUGCACUGCAUUUUUUGUUAGUGCUAACAGAAAAUGAUUUUUAAAAACUUUGUAACUAAUAAAAAGAUACUCUUGAUUUUGAAAUUCAUUUGACAAUGUAAAUGUGAGCUGAAUUGAAUAAUAAUAAUUAGAAGAUAAACUAUAAAAUUUUGUUAGGAAAGAGAUUCAUUACACUACUUAAACUUUUAUAGUAUUAUUAUGGAAGAAUGAAUGAUGUACAUUCAGUUUUUAAUUCAGCAUCAAUUUAGAGAGAGCCUAUCACACAUUUAAAUUUCUUCACUAGUAUCCCUAGUUUAAUUUAGUUCAGCAAGUCUCUUGAAAUGUCACCUUAUCUUCAGUGAUAAUUAAUACAUAUGUUUGAACAUUCAUGAACUUUGCCUUUGAGCCCGUGCCUCUAACCCUAGUAUUUUCACUGAAGGUUUACCCACACAGAGCAUAUGUAACUUACUUAGUGACUAUGGGGACAGAGAGGAUAACUCUAAUUCAAACUCUGCCUUUGAGACAUUUGGUAACAAAGAUGAUAUGAUAUGGAGUCUAUCUGCUCACAGCAUAGGACAAAUAUUGAAAAAUUCAAAGACAAGGUCAGUCAAAUGGUACCAGUCUUAAAAAAAAAACAUGUUGUUAAAAUUAUAUGUACACUUAAAUAUUUCGGCUGACAAUUUUUUUGAAACAUUAUUAAAACAGUUCUCCAAUCUAAACGUGAUCUAUUUUCAGUCAUAAUCAUCAAAGACUUGGUGACAGAACAACAGGAGUGGAUUGUAAGGAUUUACCAGCUGGGACAAGCCCUUCUGUAAAGCAGUUUGUCAGAGUGCAAGAUGUUUUUAACGCAGAUGCUUUUCAGCAUAACUUUGGACAAGAGUCUUGUCCAAGGCAUUAUGUAUGGGUGCCUAGGUCAAGUGAGUCACGGAAGAAAACAGACAAGUGAGCUUUGACUUCAUUGUGUUUGAUUUCUUUCUAAUGACUAUAUUUUUGGGUAACUGUCAAAGUGCAGGUCAUAGUGUAAGUAGCUUGUUGAUAUGUUAUUAAAUGUCAGUGUCAUUAUUAAAUGGGUAGAUACAUCAAUGUGUAGGUACCAGUCGGUUUGUGGGUAGUCAAAAGUGUUAGUAGCUGCCAGUGUGUUGGUAGCUGUCAGUGUUUUGGUAGGUGUCAGUGUUUUUGUAGGUGUAAAUGCGUUGAUUGCAGUUAAUGUGAAGAGUUGGUUUGUUUCUUUUUUAAAUUAAAUUCGAUAAGGAUUUCCCCCUAAACCCCACUAGCUUCUCUUCUUAGAGGCUAUAUUUACUUAUUACUUAUUGUUCCAAGUAAAUCAGAGAGACGCAUUUUUUAGCAAAUGGUCUUAUAAAUUAAAGAAUAAUAAUGAUUAUUUUUAAGAUUUCUUAAGACAUUAUUUUUAAUUUUUAGGAAUAAAUCAGACUUCCUGCUAAAACUUUACCUUCUGACAAAGUAAACUCAUUGAAAGGAUUGAUGGUGAUGUACUUUGGGAGCAACUGGUUUAAUUAUUAAUAUGCAAAAAAUUAAACUUUGAAAAAAACAAAGACAUAAGUAAAUAAAUACUCUAAAAAAAAAAUUAAAAAAAUAUUGUCACUUGCAAUAGAGACAUUAAUAAACUUCUAUUUUAAGGCACAGACUUCAUGUUGAAAAUGGAAAGAUGUUGGCCAAAUAAAUAUCAGCAAAAUUAUCCUUAGAAUACAGACAGCAGAUUUAAAAUUGACCAACACUAAUAUAUGACAGACUACUGUGAACAUAGGGUACAACAGAGUUGAUGCAUAAAGUGAAUGUGUUUAGCACUAAUAAUUACUAAUUUAAGACAGACUACUGUGAACAUGGGAUAUGAUAGAGUUGAUGCAUGAAGUGAAUGUGUUUAGCACUAAUAUAUUAUAAACUACUGUGAACAUGGGAUACAACAGAGUUGAUGCAUGAAGUGAAUGUGUUUAGCACUAAUAUAUGACAGACUACUGUGAACAUAGGGUACACAGAUUUGAUGCAUGAAUUGAAUGUGUUUAGCACUAAUAUAUUAUAAACUACUGUGAACAUGGGAUACAACAGAGUUGAUGCAUGAAGUGAAUGUGUUUAGCACUAAUAUAUGACAGACUACUGUGAACAUAGGGUACAACAGAGUUGAUGCAUGUAGUGAAAAUGUUUCAAGACAUCAUUAACUAAUAUAUAUUAGAGGACAUAAAUUCAUAACUGAGGAAAUUGAUGUUAAAAGGGGACAGAGGUUGGCUUUUCACCAGAAAGUAGGGAGGGACAUGUAAUCAGUCCGCUUACAAUGAAUGCAAUAUAGUUAAGCAUUUAUAUUAAGUUUGUCAAUCUUUGACCUCUAACCUUAAUUAAGACAAAAAUAAUUUCAUGUUUACAUUCUUCACUGUUCUUUCCUUGGUCAGAUCCUCAAUAACAAUAGACAGUAGCGAGUCCAGUUCUGUGAUUGUUAAAGACUUAACGAAAACUGUUUUACACCCCGUAAUCUUAAGUAAAACAGAUGAGACAUCAAAAGUAUGUAAAGUUGCAUUUAAAUUUGUUUUUCCAUAAGUUUAGAUAUGAAUUCUAACAAACUGUAAUUGGUAGUGCAGGUCAACAAUUUCAAAACAGAUUUAUUCUACCUUGCAUUUCUGCUGCUUUUUAAAAUACUUAUUUUGUACAUACACCGGUAAUGGAAACUUUAAAAGUAUAAUUAAUGUUUCAAAAAGUAAAUUGGAAGUGUGGAAUAGUUGAUUUAAUUUCUUGAUGAUUAUAUCAUGUUAAAACAAUGGAGAAAAUGAUUAAAUCUUACAUUUGUUGGCCUAUAUGGUUUUUAGGGGUCUUAUUUAUUGGUCUAAAUAACAAGUUUCAUUAACAAAAUACAUAUGCAAAAUACCCCUUUUCUAUCAUCUGAAUCUGUUCUGAAUAUUUUUAGUUAUUUUAUUUAAUUAAUUUUUAACUUUUGUGGUUUUUUUUAUUCAAAUACACUUUUUAAAUUUAAGACGUGUUCACACAAUUAUUCCAUUUUCUAAUCUUUGGCUUCAAUUUUUGCAUUUUGGGGUUUUUAAGUCGUGUGAAAGCAGUUAGUUUUUAUAUUUAUAAAAAUCCCUUAAUUUCAUAUAUGCUUUUUAAAAAAUAUUUAUAUAAAUUUUUUAAUAUUAGAAAGACAAAUCAAAUAAAGCAGCUUCCCAAAUAAAGCCGGUUAACUCACAACUGAGCAUGCAGAGAUUAAAGAUGUCACCCUCUUUCUACGAAAGGUAAAAAAGGGCAGAUAACAAGAAUUUCUUUAGGUAGAAAUGUAAUUCUUAAUGAACUCUAAUGCCUAGGAUUAACAAAAACAGUUUUUUUACCAACUUAUAGCAAUUGUCUUAUUGUUAUUGUAUUUUUUAAAUGUUAUGUCAAUGAUAUUCAAUUUUAAUCCUGCAUACUCCACCAAAGGUUCCGUUCUGAAUCUAUGUUGCUACAGACUUAUCAAUGUUUUUGAACAGCAUUUAGAGGUUGUUUUUGCUUAACGUUUCAGUUACAUAAAUUUAUGUUGCAAAGUCAUUAUACUAUCUUUGAUUAACAUUUAAUUUAUUGACAUGCGUUAUUUGAAGUAAAGCUGCAAUCUUGAACUUAUAGGUAGUAGCAUCACUGUAGUAGCAGCAUCACUAUAGUAGCAUCACUGUUUUUUAUUUUAAAAGUGUUUUAAAACUUUUCAAAAUUGAAUUAUUAAUUUUUUUCUUGAAGUGUAAAUGAUUUAUUUUGACUGGGUAAAAUUAACUUUAAAUUAAAGCUAAUGUCUACUCUUCGCAUAUUUGAUGAACAAUUUUCAUGGCUAUCUAAUCAACAUUUAAAGGUAGUUGUAAAUAAUUUUGGUAAUCAAACAUUCUCUGUAAUACCGUGAUUGUACCAAGAUGGCUUAGUACUUCAAACUUAAGCAAAGUAUAUUACUCCUGGUCUGCCUGCAUCAACAAUGGGCUUAGGGUUUUCUUCUCUCUAAGUUACAUUUGCCAGAACAUUAUAUAUCAAUACUGAACAAACUGUACAGAACAAGAAAAUAAAAAAAAAGGAAAGUUGCUUAAAAUUGUCCUUGCAAGUAUAAAAUAACCAUACCAUUGUCAAGUUUUUCAUUUUGCUAGAAUUUUUUAAACAACUUCAUUUUGUAUUCUUAUUUUUGUUGUCUAAGCCAUAUGUCACCCAGACAUAAACUACAUCCCAUAUCAAAAGAAGGCUCGGUCACAAAUAAACUACAAAAUACAGCAUUUACUGUUGACAACUUGAUACGAAACAAAAAAGUCCAACUUUUGAAAGAUCCAAAAGGACGAAUUCAAGAAAAUAUUGAAUCUCUUAACAAACCAGUGUUUCAGCUGGAUAUUAAUGGUGUGAGAGAACUGACUUCCUCUGACAGUGUUAUUGUGAAUGAAAAAAGAAAGCACCAAGAAACACGACAGAUAGGUAAGAAAUCAACUCUGUGGUUUGGUGGGAAAUUAACCCUGUGAUGGGGAAGUCAAAGGUUUUAUUUUAGAGUUGUGGGCCUAAUGAUUCAUCUGUGAUUAACUCUUAGAAUAAGCCAAUUUAUCAGGCCUUUUUGUGUUAGUGAUGGUGUGGGCAUUCUGCAGUUGCAGAUUUUUUUUUUUUUUCUAUCAAACUAGAUACAUCUUUUAAGCAAUGAUUACAAAUUUGAUUGAUUUAUUUAAAACAAAAACAACAAUUUCAUUUUUUUUUUCCAUGCUUGAAGGUGAGUUACCUACCCUGCAACCUUUAGCCAAAAUUCCUUCCAUAUCUCUUGGUCUCCCUGAACUUCCCAGUGGCUUGAAAACUACCAAACCUUUCACAUACAAAAAGCAAGAUUUUGACUUUUCUCUUGGUGAGUUUAAAAGCAAAAUUUAUUUAUAACAUUCUUUAAUUAACCAUAAAAUUUAUGCUUACUAUUUGUCUCCCUUGAACUUGCCGAAAUUUGAUAGGUUGGUUUCAAAUAGGAUUUUUAAACAGCUGUUAGUGACUGAGUAUACUAAUUCUAAUUCUUUGUGACUUAAUCAAAUAAAUAACAAAAGAAUUGGAACCUUUUAAUUUUAAUGGUCUAUUUAUUGUACUUUUAAAUUUUUGAUGUAGUUGUUUCAAAUAAUUGUUUAAUGCAAUUUCUCUUAGAUCAUUAAUCUUUGUGACACCUUAAAAUUUGUAUAAUUUAACUUCAUUUUAAAAAUGUAUGCAAUUUUGUAGGUCCAGUACUCUCUACACCAUAGAAGUGUGUCAAAAAUUAUAUUCAGUUUUGUGGAUCUAGAAAUCUCUAAACAUUCUAUUUUGUAGGUCUAGAAAUCUCUAAACACUCUAUUUUGUAGGUCUAGAACUCUCUACACCUUCCAGUCAUAGAAGUGUGUUAUCAAUUCUAUUAAUUUUGUAGGUCCAGUAUUCUCUGCACCAUCCAGUCAUAGAAGUGUGUUAAGUGGAGAGAACUCUAAAUAUGGAAGUGCCCGGAGAGCCCAUGGGUCACCAAUACUUACACAACAAAGCCAGGCUGUUGUAAAAGAUGUGAGUUUGAGUAAAGAGGAUGUGCCUGGUUCUGGUCUAUAUUCUGUAUAAAUCUUUUAACUGGUUGUCAUUGUGUUAUUUGACAUCAAUGAAAAAAUGUAGGUAGAAGUGGUUGUUGUACUAUUUGUCAUCCUGUGAGAGACUUCACUUGCUUAAAGCAGACACUAAUACAUAGCAAUGUUCAUUUAGAUUUAAAACAGGGGCUCUUAUUCGCACCCCCUGGGGUGGGGAGUGGCGAGGCAAUUUCAAGGGAUGCAGUAAUAACCCCACAAACUUUGAACCCCACAAACUUUGAACCCCACAAACUUUGAACCCCACAAACUUUGAACCCCACAAACUUUGAACCCCACAAACUUUGAACCCCAAAAAAUGUCUUUAAAAAAGCAGGAAAAAAAAGGAAAUCAUAAAAUUAGAGUUUCACUAGCUCAAUGUUUAGGUAUACUUGUCCCAUCUGCUCAAUGUUUAGGUAUACAUGUCCCAUCUGCUCAAUGUUUAGGUAUACAUGUCCCAUCUGCUCAAUGUUUAGGUAUACAUGUCCCAUCUGCUCAAUGUUUAGGUAUACAUGUCCCAUCUGCUCAAUGUUUAGGUAUACAUGUCCCAUCUGCUCAAUGUUUAGGUAUACAUGUCCCAUCUGCUCAAUGUUUAGGUAUACAUGUCCCAUCUGCUCAAUGUUUAGGUAUACAUGUCCCAUCUGCUCAAUGUUUAGGUAUACAUGUCCCAUCUGCUCAAUGUUUAGGUAUACAUGUCCCAUCUGCUCAAUGUUUAGGUAUACAUGUCCCAUCUGCUCAAUGUUUAGGUAUACAUGUCCCAUCUGCUCAAUGUUUAGGUACACAUGUCCCAUCUGAUUAAUUUUAAAUAUUUUUUUUGUUUGAGUUACGCGUUUGGAUAUCACUUUUAUCUAAUAUCUAAUGGGGGAGGGAGAGGUUUGCUGGAAAUCUUUUGAAAUCGAGGGGGGGGGGGGAGGUGCUGUGCUGCACAGAGCUAACAAACCUUGUUAUAAAUUAUUUUGACACUAAAUUUUUUUUUAAAUUCACAUAUUUUAACUUUUUAAGCUUGAUGGCCAAUCCAAAAGAUCUGCAUCAUUGUCCAUCCAUCUCCCUGUACCACCUGUGAUGACCCACAAGAUGGAUCAGCCAUCCAGUAAGAUUAUCCAUGAAAAUGUAGACCAAAGUAUUCUGGCGAUUAACUCGCACCAGUUUGACCAGCAGGGAGCUGUUGACCAAACGUCGGCUUCCAGACCAACAAGUGCUUAUGUGGGUGAGGACAGUUCUGUCCUGGUGCUCACAGAGAGAGAUGGUAAGUUCUACUGGCCUUCCAGUGAAAACAAUUCUAUUCAGCAUCAUGUAAACGAUAUUAGGAUGUGCCCCGUAUGUCCUGGAAACUGAGCACAUUGGUUUCCCUAAUGAGACCUCUGCUGUCAAAGAGGGCUCCAUGUGUACAAGGUGCAAUGAGAGAUUUGUGAUUGUUGGCUGGAGAUGCCGCUCCUGCUAUUUAGGGUGAGACAUGAAGAAGGCUAUCUGAUAGGUUCAGUUAACAUCUUUGUAAUAUUGAACAACACAAGCCAUCCUCAGUCUCAUCCCAUUUCAAUGGAGGUAAACACAAGGGCACAUCACAUGUAUCCAUAUCGGCUCUAAUUUCUUGCACAAAUGCACCAGCAAAAGUAAAGAAUGAAAACCAAUUGAUUCAGACUUUUGGAACCAUAUCACCAUAUGGAAUAAAUUAAAUAUUCUCUCUCCCUAGUGGUAUUCAAAAUCUAUUAUCAUUUUUUGGUACCUUAAAAUAUUAAUUUUACAUUAAUUUUACUUAAAUUCUUUUACCUUCACUAUACACACCAUAGAAUUAUAUGAGAGGCACAUUUCAGUUUUUUUAAAUUUCAGUUUCAAUAGUGAGCUUUUGUUUCCACCUAGAGCCUGAAAAUGCUACAUUUUGAUUUGGGAAAACUUAAGUUUUUCCAUUUGAAUUUAUUUCUUUUUCUUGCUUUACAUUGUCUGCUGAGAAGGAAUUUAGCUGAAAAGUUCUUUUCAUUCUUCUGUCCUUGUUCCACGCAUGAACAUAUCUUGCUAUUGUUUUUACUUCACAUGUCUUGAAAGUAGUCCCCUUCUAUUAGAAUAAAGCACCAUAUGUGUGUAAGGUAAGGAUAUAUCCUAAUCUAUGCUCUAUUACACCACCCAUUGUGUUCAAUGAAUAAUGAAUGUGAACAAGCUUGUGGUCUAGGGGUUUUGAAAGGAGGGCUAACACAGGUAGAUUUUAGACACACUAUUGGCUAAAAUAAAGACAAUCAGUGCACUAUAUUAUGUAAUUUAUUACAUGGACUACAAUGUGAACAAAGAUACAUGAAAUCUACAUAUAAUGAAAUGAAUGCAAGUCUAACACUAACAAUAUCUAAAAUCCUCACAGUAAUAGUAAUAUACACAAUAUACCACUCAUCUAAGUUCCUGGAAUUAAUCUUUCUGCUAAUUAUUGAAUGGCCCUAAUCUAGUACUUAGCAAUAGCAACCCGCGUUUGACCACCUAUCUCCCUAUCCUCCUCAUUUGGUCUACCCCUCUAGGGUCGGUGCGUCCAGUCUUACAGGCCUACUCAUUUCGCGUGGCUUGACCAUAAAGUAGGUCAAUGUCCGCUUAAAGGAAGGUUGGUUGUGCCCUUGUUCGGUUACAGACGUAGUGCUUCUUGGCUGUGCUAAUCUGACAUGGUCAGGCUAAUGGGGUACAUAAACAAAAAAAGGACCAAACUUGUAACAGCUAACUACUUUAACGCAACCUUUCCAAAAACCCUGAGUCCCAAUUACUUUGGAUCUUCAACUCUUUACUGUAUGUAUAAUUUAUGUAUAAUAUACUUUUGUUUUUGGUUGCUUUCUUAAAAUUUACAAACUUUGACUUAGAGGAACAAUUUAAAUAUAUUUAAAUAAAAUGUGCGGCUACUGGAUCUGAAUGAUUGAGUUCUUGUUUUAAUUGAACUGUGAGUUCUGUCUAUAAAUCAGUCACCUCAUUUAAUUGUAUAAUACUAUGUAAUACUAUUGAGACAGUAACUCUGUGACUUUCAAUGAUCCAAUGUGCCGUGAGGGGACCUGAGUGCAAAGAGCGCUGAGAUCAGAUACAAGUACUUCAAAUGAAUUAAUUAAAAUAAUUGUUCAAAACUUAUUUCGUCCUGGGUUAACUUUUUAAUAUCUUCAUUAAAAAUGGAAGAAUCAAAAAGAAAACUUUUAGUGUUAGCUUUGAACUUUCUACAGGUUUACUUUUCUACAAAAAUUGUUUAAUUUUGUUAUAAGGAACAUCUGGGUAGCUCUAAGUCUUAGUUCAAAAAAGGUUUACCCAGUGAAACUUUCUUUUUUUUUUUGCAAGAAAUCCCUCAACAGGCAAAUUGAUUUUUUUUAAUUUUAUUUUUUUGUUGUUGUAGACAAGUCAUAUGAGAAUGUGAAAUUAGCUCAACUAAGGGACAGAAGUCAGAAUACAGAGCAAGUACAAAAUCAAGAUUCAGCUACUGCAGAAGGUAGUAGAUUUGUAAAUGUUAGAAAGUUUAGACCAAUAUAAGUUGGGUGGCGUGUUGUUUGGGUGGGGUGUUAUAACUUUAUUUAGGGCAUAUCCCAAUUGUUGUAGGAGUACUGCUAAAUAUCUUUGCUAUGGUGAAACCAGUACUAUGUACUACGAAUUGUAAACCUUGAAGUUGCGCUCACUAUUAUCAUUAGUACUAUACAAUUUCAGUCAAUGAAACACUAAUAUUAUUAUAAUGUUGUUGGACUGCGAUCAGCAUCAUAAACAUUAUCAAUUUCUUUUUACUUUCUUUAGAGUCUUGCCCAUCACCUGACCAGUGGCCACUAGUUACAGAAUCAUCUUUUGAGGAAGCUACAAAGCCACCAAUUACUGAAGCCGGCCAUAAUUCUAAGUAAACUUUUAAAAUCUGAACAUUUAGAAUGCUCUGGGUUUUUUAAAUAAUCAUUUAAAAGUUCAAUUGAGAAAUGUUUGAAUUUAAUCAAAUUAAUCAUGUAGCUAUUACUAUUUUAAAAGAUGUGCGUUUUCACCCUUUUCAUGUGCAGCAUUAAAUACAAAUGUAUUUUUAAGAGUGCAUUAUUUUACAAACAUACCAGCCUCAAAAUGCUGAGCGGCCUGAGCCUCUGUCUACUCCAGAAAGGCACUGCUUUAGAAGGCUGUCUGUCUACUCCAGAAAGGCACUGCCUUAGAAGGCUGUCUGUCUACUCAAGAAAGGCACUGCCUUUGAAGGCUGUCUGUCUACUCCAGAAAGGCACUGCCCUAGAAGGCUGUCUGUCUACUCCAGAAAGGCACUGCCUUAGAAGGCUGUCUGUCUACUCCAGAAAGGCACUGCCCUAGAGUGCUGUGAUUUUUCUGCUUCGAUCUGCAAAUGAAAAUGUUAAUCGGAAACUUGUCAUGCAUUUACGUGGAUAUGUAAACAUGAAAUGCAUCCAGCCCUAGUUUUUCAUCAAACUUUGUGCAGAGUGAAUUCAAGUUGUUGUUUUCAUUCUAUAUUGAAUUCAGGAAGAGAAAAAACCAAAAAAAAAAGGAAACAAAACAAAUAAUUGUAAUUAGACCAAUAUAAUUAGAGAGAAAAAAAAUCAAAAAAUGAUAUUUACUACAAACUGAUGUUAUUUAUCAUCAUAAUAAUUUUAUAAUUAAUUUUUAAGGGAGGAAAUAGUAGAAAAAAAAGUUCAGAAAUCAUAUUAUUAACUUAAUUAGAUGUUUUUUAUUUCUAGAAAACUGUCAAACUGAGCUUCCAAAUUAAUUAUUAUACGGGUGGAUUUUUUUAGCAUAAAAACCUUAUACACGGCCAAUACAUUUCAAAACUUAAAUGAUGAAAAAAUAGUUUUAUUUUAUUAGUUAGUUUUAUCUGUACCACAAAAUAUUAGAUUCAAAAUAACUUUUAAAAUUGUAUUUCAAAUGUCAGGUAUGAAGGACAGAGGAAUAAAGCUAAAGUAAACCAUGAAAUGAUCAGGAAGUCUAAAGUAAAAGAUGAGAAAGUGCUCACAGACUCGCCAGCACCCCCACCCCCCUCACCUGAGCCUAGAGAAUCCAGUGACAUGCGGAGAGGAAAUGAUCUCAAAGCACUAGAAUCGGUCUCGAUGGAACCUUUAUUUGAGGUGGAAGAGAGUCCCACGAUGUGAAUUCACAAAAUUAUUGCAUGUAACUUGUCUGUGACGUUAGGUUGAAGAUUAUGAUAAGGCUGUGAGCGACUCUCACCUGUUUCCUACUCCCUCACCUGCUGCUACAGUUCUCUAUUAUCAGCUCACUCAGUUCUUUCAUAAUUCAACCUAUACAUUUCUCUAUGAUCAGCUCACUCAGUUCUUUCAUAAUUCAACCUAUACAAAGUGAUAUUUACCCGCACCUUGUUUUAAGAGUUAAAAUUUUCUAAUUUGCCCUUUACAGAGUAUUUCAUCAAUAUGGCCCACGGAACUAAGCUAUUGUUUACAACCAGGUCACUGUUAAAUGAACUAUAAAUUUAAAGCCCACUGGUCCUUUUAAGUGACCGUAGAAGUGGACCAUUAAUCAUUUUUAAAAUUGCAUGUGCAAGCUACUAAUGGCUACAUGUUUGAACUACACAAAUAAAUCUAUAAAUAGCCUUAAUAAGCAUUCUCAUCAAAUUGACAAAUUAAAUUUAGCUUUAAAAAAUAUUUAUGUAGACUGACUUAGUUUCAUGGUCUGUACUGUGUUUUAAAUUCAGAGUGUUAUUGUUCUUUGCUAUUCUAUUUUAACAUACAUUUUAAUAUAAGAAUGCGCUUUAUUUGAAUACAGUACAAGAUAAAUAAAUGUUUUUACAUUAAACUUGUCAUCCUUAUAAUCAGAGGUCACGUAGAGUUGUUAAAAAAUUAUUUUUAGCCUGGGGAUAGCUAACUUAGAUGAUUAUAUUUUCUGUGUUUGCUUCCUAUCAACUUUGUGAGAUUGAUUUUGUACCUGAGCACAGUUGCUUAAUGUAAAUGAGAACAUUGCCUCCUGGUUACAAUCAUUUUAUCAUUGAUGUAGCAUUUCUUCUGACAUCAUAAUCAAACUUUACUUUAUUUAAUUUAACUUUGCUUCUUGCAACCGGACAAAACUGCUGAUUUUACACAGUGAUAUUUUACUUAACGUGACUAAACUUAACAUGACUAAAUUUAAUGUGACUAAACUUAACGUGACUAAACUUAAAAUGAAGAAUUGAAUUAAUUGAAAACAAAUGAAAUAAAAAGCAUGAAUCAAAUAUUUGUUUCUAAAGUUUUAACUCCAAAAAAAUUUUCAUGAGCACCAGGUGACUCUUAAGAGAAAUCUUCUGACGAUGAUGGCGAUUGAUUGGCCACCUGCUGGUCAAGGAAUCCAUGGGGAUAAAACAUAGAAUAAAACUGAGGGCAUUUGCAGGGUGCAUGGCUAUUUCUCGAACUUAGCCUAUGUCACCGCCAUUUA